GUAAUUUACGGCCACUUUUUCAAACCAAAACAUAAAACCAGUAUCCCAAAGUCACUCACCUUUUCACUUUCACUCUCACUCUCACUCAAACCGUGUUUUUUUGUUUGUUUCUUUGCUUUCUCUGCUAAAAAUGCAUCUUCAUCUUCCACCACCAUUCACUAUCAUCAAACUUGUUCUACUAACCCUCCAUCUACUACUACAAACCACUCCCAUUCUCACUCUCUCUCCCUGCAAAACCUCAUGUGGCACCAUUCCCAUAAACUACCCAUUCGCCUUAGAAGACGGUUGCGGCUCACCCCAAUUCCGCCACAUGUUCAACUGCACAGCCACUGACUUAUUCUUCCAAACCCCCUCCGGUUCCUACAAAGUCCAAUCCAUUGACUACAACAAACAAACAAUGACACUCUACGACCCAUCAAUGUCAACCUGCUCCAUUCUCCAACCACACCACGACUUCAUCAUGACGGAUAUUCAGUCUGCUAUAAUCCCUCCUUCACAAGACACUGUUUUCGUUCUGCUAAACUGCUCUAUAGACUCACCUGUCCUCAACCAUUACAAAUAUCUUUGCUUCAACUUUGAAGGACACACUUGUGAUGAGCUAUAUGGUGGUUGUAAUGCUUUUAGGGUGUUUCAUUUGUUGACGAAUAGUUCUCCACCUUGUUGUUUUACGAGCUAUAAUACUGUGAAGUUUAUGAGUAUGAAUAUUUUGGAUUGUACGCAUUAUACUAGUGUGUUUAACAGUGAUAGAUUGAGAGGUGUUGGUCCUUUGGAUUGGGUUUAUGGGAUUAAACUUUCUUUUAGUUUGCCGGAUGUUGGAUGUGAAAGUUGUAAGCAAUCUGGUGGGACUUGUGGGUUUGAUACUGAUACUGAAGGUCUUCUUUGUCUCUGCUCAAGUUUCACUAAUUCAACAAGGGAAUGUGCUGCUGGAAGUAUGAUUUCAGAAGGAUUGAACAAUGCUCCUUGGACAAAGCACCUAUUGGUUUUGCUUCUUGUAGUUUUACUUCACAAUAUGAUGGAGCUACUUUGAGAUCUGUUUGAAGUUUAGUUGUGUUCCAAAUCCACUCCUGUUGAUGGACAGAGAGCUUGUGUAGUGUAGUUGUAUUGUAUGCCUCGAGAAUUGAGAUUAUUGGCCACUCUCUCUACCUCUCUAAUGAUGCAAAGUAGAUAGUUUUCCAAAACAGGAAAGGCACAUCUUCUUAGUUUUAGAAUGUUCACAAUGAGCAUGACAAUUGGACUAAUUAAUGUAAUACUUUUCUUAUUGUUUCAAGUAUUACAUUUUAGUUUAUGCUUCCAUUUUUCUUCUUGAUUGUGUGUGAAUAUUUUGAAACCAUUUGAUUGUUUCAUAUUUGUUGCCAACUUUAAAUAAAUAUACUAGUGCUG